AUGAUUAUCAAUUUCCGUGAGGAAAUCUUCCGAAUCAUCCUCGGCUGGCUGGACAAUCCAGACCUGCGGCUCGCAGCACUGGCCUGCAAAGGCUUCAAGGCAUUUACGAUGCCACUCCUCUACUCCAGGAUCGAAUGGCGAUGGGACACGGGAAAUAGUAAAUUCACCAAUUACGCUCUUUCUCAGAACUAUUUUAUCGCGUUCCGAGCUAGGAGAUCUAGCUACGACCCUGAUCACCCUCUCAAUGAACAGGCGGCGUCGGUGGACCAUAACAAGAUUCUGCGGCCAUCAUAUGGAACCAAGAUCCAUUACCAGCGGUUGGCGCUGGAGAGUCGUGAAGAAUGGCUGAAAAUGAACAAAGAUUCUGGUAGCGAACUCUUUGUUACUUGCGGCAUGCUGCGGGUCCAGCCGUCGGACGAACUGGGGCAACUGGAGAAGGAGACUCUUGCGAGUAUGGAGAGAGACGGUCUUCGUUAUGCGCAGUUUGUCAAGAGCGACCCAAAUGAUAUCCAACGUGCUGCGAAGCUCGGCUGGAAAUCCAAGUUGCUUGAUUUCGGCAUUCCAGGCGAGAGCGGCAAGUCGUUCGAAGCCGUAUUGGACUCGCUGUCUGGAUUCGUCAAAUGCAGUGAGGCUUGCGCCUACCUCCAAAGUAAGGCAUCGUCCCAUGGCGUCAGGUUCCAGUUCGGGCAGAAGGCGGGACAGUGCGAAUCUUUGGUCCUCGAUGAAGAUCUAAGCUCCGGGAAAAGUAGUGCACGCAGAGGUGUCGGUAUCAGGACGAGAGACGGCACCGUUCACCGGGGCGACACUAUCGUUAUUGCCGCUGGAUCAUUCUCGACCCAGACACUGCCUGACUUGUCAUACCACAUCGAGUCAUCCGGAGGCAGCAUAGCCACAGUCAAGGUCGACAGGUCUGAGAGAGAGCUGUGGGAUAAGUACUCCCCAGAGAACUUUCCCGUGUUGACGUGGAAAAGCGCCCCUCGCAACAACAUCGGAAAAGACACGGGUAGUGUGUACGUGUUUCCUAGGACUGAGGAAGGGCUUAUCAAGAUUGGCUACAGAGGUAUCAAGUUUACGAACUUUGUGCCAGCGCCUGAGGGUACACCUUUCAUGCAAGACGGACAAUGGUCGAUUCCUCUCCCUUCGGCUCAGUCCAAGUCACUCCCGGGGCCUGCCGUUGAUGCAAUCCGCCAAUUUGUGUCCAUCUUCCUCCCUGAGCUUGCGGACAGACCAUUUCAUUCGACCAAGCUCUGCUGGUACACUGAUACCUUGGACAACUCGUUUCUUAUUGACUAUGUCCCAGCUUACGCGGACCGAUCGGUGUUUGUCUGCACUGGCGGGAGUGGACACGGGGCAAAGUUCCUCCCUGUUCUCGGGCAGGAACUUACUCCGAGGUGCAUCAUGCAGCACGCUGCCGACAUCUUUGAGAACGGUGCUCGGAGCACAUCACCCAUGUAUCCCCACUGGCGUUGGCGCGACGACCAGCCGAGGGGAAACGGACUGGAGGAGGGCCCUGCAGGACCUAGAAACCUGCAGGGUGGAGGUGUGCAGGUCAUAGAGGGUGCCUCGAAGCCAUCAGCUGCGGCCAUGGGCCUGAUCAUCAGACUUGUUGCCUUUUUGAUGGUGUUGCCAUUUGGUGCACCCCAAAUCACAUCAACCGGCUCGACGGUGCUUCUGAACAAUAUCCCAUACUACAUCAGCCCUCACACCGUUGGCAAUGCCUCUCUACAGCCGACUGUUCUCGAUGAUAUAAAGGCAGCCUUUGGCUUCAUACCUGUAUCUGUCUUGACGGCUGGGACACAGCUGGCUGAUCUUGUAGACAUCUUCUCAGCUUGGAAUGAGGCCGACGACGUGUUCCAGCCCGGAUUCGCAAAAGUACUUCUCAACAAAACGGAGAGUUUGGAAGCGCUAGCUAGCCAAGAUCUGCGCAAAUAUAGCCCAGGGUCUGCAACAGUCCUGAGCUACACGGCAGGGUCCAAACUACCUAAAGGCCCAUACUUCCUAGACAAGGCAACCAGCAAUCUACAUCAGGCGUUCCGGCUAUACGACGACGUUGCUGGUGCGUUCAGCGAAGCUUUGCUGGGCAACAAUGACGGCUCCUUCCAGGUUCUCUCGGCCAAGAUCCCCGGCUCAGCUACGCCGACCAUCGGCGUUCCCUCGCGACUGUACUAUGAACCUUCAGAAGCCAAACCUCUUUCGGGUAUCCGCAUUGCCGUCAAGGAUAUCUUCUCGCUCGCAGGAGUCAAACAGUCCAACGGAAAUAGGGCUUGGUAUCACUUAUACCCGCCCAACAAUGCGACUGGGACAGCCAUCUCGCGGCUCAUCAAGGCUGGCGCUGUCAUUGUGGGCACACAGAAGCUUUCGCAGUUUGCGACGAGCGAGGUUGCCACUGUCGACUGGGUUGACUAUCAUGCUCCUUUCAAUCCGCGGGGAGAUGGCUAUCAGGAUGCGUCCUCGUCGAGCUCUGGCGCUGGUGCCUCUAUCGCCUCGUACAACUGGCUCGACGCCGCCGUCGGCACCGACACGGGUGGGAGCAUCAGGAGCCCUGCAGGUGUCAACGGUGUCUUCGGAAACAGGGCUUCGCACGGCCUCGUUAGCCUCGACCACAUCAUGCCGCUUUCCGGGCCCCUGGAUACCAUUGGCUUCCUGGCUCGAGACCCGUUGCUCUGGGAUCGCCUGCAAGCCGUGCUGUACGGCUCGAACUAUUCUUCUCUUGCGGGCACGCAACCAAAGUAUCCUAAAAAUAUCAUGACAGUGACGUAUCCCAACACUAGCACCGAAGCAGGCAAGCUCCUCAACAGCUUCGCGGCCUCACUGGCCAAGUUUACAGGCGGCAACGUUACCAUCCUUGACGUAGCCAAGCGCUGGGCAGUGAGCGAGACGAACCCCAACGCUCAUCUAAACUUUACCGACACUUUCAACAUCACGUACCCGGUCCUCACUGGAAAGGGCCAGGACGAUACUAUCAUCAAGCCCUUUUACGCCCACUACGGUGCACAGUUCGAUGGGCGUCGUCCGUUUGUCAACCCAUCCCCGCUGGCACGAUGGGCAUGGGCUGCCAACUACUCGUGGGACGAGGCCCUACAGAACAAGACUAUGUUCAUGAACUGGUUCAAUGGACAAAUCCUGCCUCCGGUCGACGACGCCUUGCAGUGCUCUUCCGGCUUCAUCUUGUACGCCGGCAAAGUCGGGAGGCAGUUGCCGAGGAACCGGUACGACAUCGCGCCUCCAACGCCGUUUGCGGGCUUCUCAGCGGCGCGUAUGUCGGUCUUCUCGGGCUGUCCAGAUUUCACCUUCCCCGUGGGCGAGGUGCCGAGCUUCAGCAGCUUGACAAACCACGACGAGAAGUUGCCCGUGGCUGUGGGGAUCCUGGCGUCCAAGGGCUGCGACGGGCUACUAGCCAAGCUGGCAAUUGAUCUAGUGGAAGAAGGCAUUUUGAAAGUGCCGCAGGUUGGUGGUAGCAUGAGUGGCGACCCGAUAUUUACCUAG